AUAAUCUGAUACAACAAGGUUUUCUCUGUUCUCAUUCUUCUCUUUCACCUUCUCUCUCUUCUUUCUCUCUCUUCGCACCAAACCAGACCCACUUCCUCCGUUCAUCUCCAACCUUUGUGAUUUGUGGAGCUGCUUUUGUCUCUUCCUUUCUGAUCCAGCACAGAACCCUCUUCCUUUUGCUUCGUUAAUCUGUUUUGCAAUUUUUUUUUCUUUUUUUUCUUCUUGUGGUUCUUGGUUGUUUUCUUGUUUUCAUGGGUCAAUGAGGUCAUUGUUUCUGGAAAUUAGGGCUUCAGUUCAUAUGGUAUGGGGGUGAAUGGUUUGAGGUUUUUGGGGUGAAGGAAUGUAGUUGGAGGUGAUUCAUCUGAAUAAGGAUUUCAUCCCCAUUUAGGGGAUGUUAUUAAUUUCCUAAAUUUGAUUCAUUUUGAUUACCCUUUUUCCUUUUUUCUGAUUUUCCUCAAUUUACUGCUAAUUUUUUUGGCUAGUUUGUGAAAUCUCAUUGAAUUUGGGAGGUUUUUAGAAAAAAAAAAUAAGUUGGGGGUUUUGGGAUCCUCCACAAUCAUAAUCAUAAUCUUGUGCUGAAUUGGGCACAAAUCCGGGUGGAAAAGGCCAUUGCAGCUUCUAGCUGUUAGUGUGAUCGAAGAUCAUUUUAUGAUGGAUCAUGUGAUUGGUGGCAAGUUUAAACUGGGAAGAAAAAUUGGGAGUGGAUCUUUUGGGGAACUCUAUUUGGGUGUUAAUGUACAAACUGGAGAGGAGGUUGCUGUUAAGCUGGAACCUGUGAAAACCAGGCACCCACAGCUUCACUAUGAGUCAAAGUUGUAUAUGCUUCUUCAAGGAGGAACGGGGAUUCCCCAUCUCAAGUGGUUUGGAGUUGAGGGAGACUACAAUGUCAUGGUUAUUGACCUUCUUGGACCAAGUCUGGAAGAUUUAUUCAAUUAUUGUAACCGGAAGUUCACAUUGAAGACAGUGUUAAUGCUUGCUGAUCAAUUAAUUAACAGAGUUGAGUAUAUGCAUUCAAGAGGUUUCCUUCACCGUGACAUUAAGCCAGACAAUUUUCUGAUGGGCCUAGGACGUAAAGCAAAUCAAGUGUACGCCAUUGACUUUGGCCUUGCGAAAAAAUAUAGGGAUCUUCAGACUCACAGACAUAUACCAUACAGGGAAAACAAGAACCUUACAGGCACAGCACGCUAUGCAAGUGUCAACACUCAUCUUGGAAUUGAACAAAGCAGAAGGGAUGAUCUGGAAUCUCUUGGUUAUGUGCUCAUGUAUUUCCUAAGAGGAAGUCUUCCCUGGCAAGGAUUGAGGGCUGGCACCAAAAAACAGAAAUAUGAUAAAAUCAGUGAGACAAAGGUGUCAACUCCCAUAGAGCUUCUCUGCAAAUCAUAUCCCUCUGAGUUUGUAUCAUACUUCCACUAUUGCCGAUCAUUGAGGUUUGAGGACAAGCCAGAUUACUCAUAUUUAAAGAGACUUUUCCGAGAUCUAUUUAUUCGAGAAGGCUAUCAGUUUGACUAUAUUUUUGACUGGACUAUGUUGAAGUAUCCACAGAUUAGUGGCAGCUCUAGAGGGCGGCAUGGAUCUGGCAAGGCAGCUAUGAAUCCGGCUACACCUUUACAACGGCAAGAAAAGAUCUCAGUUGGAAAAGAGAUUCGGGAGAAAUUCUCUGGUGCUGUGGAAGCCUUCUCCCGAAGGAACCACACAAGUGCUUCUCCUCAUGUUGAUCAUGCCAGACAUAGGACUUAUGAGGAUGUACCAGUGCACAAGGAUUUGCAUUAUACCCAGCACACAUCCACACGGCAUGCCAGCACUUCAAAAAGAGCCAUGGUCUCAUCAAACAAGCCACUUUCUUCAGGCGACUAUACAGGCAGGCUAACCUCAGGUAGUAGCGGCCGUCCAUCCAACACACAUCACAGAAUUCAAACUGGGUAUGAGGCUAAACAAGCAACUUUAACUCGCAACGGGUCUAUUAGAGGCACCCGUGAUGAUCCUCUGAGGAGCUUUGAGCACCUCAAUAUCAGGAAGUAAUGAUCAAGGGUGUGUCAUUUUUAUUAUUAUCUGUCGUUUCAAAAAUUCUGACACACCUGAGAUGCAACUAGAUUGUCAAAAAUUAUGGAAGGAAACCAAAGAAUCAAGUUCAUGGAUGUCACUGAAUUACAAUUGAGGUCAUAAUGGCAUGACCUCCUGGUCAUAUUUUUGGACCAAGGUGGACUUUAAUCUGCCCUCAGGAAUGCUUCAAAAGAUUUCUCAGCCUAUGUAAACAUGUUCUUAAAUUGUGCCAGUGAUAUAACUCAAAGAAGAAUAUUUUCAUAUUAAUUACUGUUCUAGAUAAAAUUUGAGUUGCAAUGAAUUUUGUGAUUACCCCA